AUGAAGUCUGAAGCUUCUUCUGAAAUUGAGCAGGAAGCUACUGAUGGCACAGUUGAUCUAAGACCUGUACAUGUGCCCCGUGGAUCUUGUAGCAUGAUUGCGUCGUCCUCUUCCUCAGCCACAACGUCUGCGACUACUUCUGGAGUCAAGCGUAAAGCUUCACCAGAUAUGUCCGACGAUAUUUGGGCAGUAACUCCUCGAAAAAAUCAUCUACACGUCGCAACUACAGGUACUCCGUCAACGAUACGCUCAAGGGACUCGGAGUUCUUUUCAGAUUUGAGUGAUAAUUGUAUUGCCACCUCGGACACAUCUGGCGAGAGAAUUGAGAGUUGCAAUUCUUACGCCGUAAACAUCGGUGAUUCAAGAGUGAAUGUACCCAGCUCCCGACAGAGACCUACAGUUGAGUUAUACAUCAAGAUGGUGGUGAGCCCAAAAGUUAACAUAGUUGUUGGUCCUGAGAAGAAAUCAUUUGAGCUACCAAAAGAUCUCCUCGCAUACUAUUCUCCGGUCUUCGAUAGAUCCUUCAAUGGAAACUUCAUAGAAGGUCAGACACAAACAAUGGAAUUGCCAGAAGAUACUGUGAAAGAUUUCGAAGUUCUGAUAGAGUACGUUUUCCAUCACGGUGUCGGCGACAAACUCUCCAUCUUGAAGCAUAGGCGACAUGCAGCUGAACAUUGCAUUUCCUUCUUAAAGUACGCGGAUAAGUACGACCUUGGAGAUAUAAGUACUUUGGUAUACGACGCUCUUCGACCGGCCUUGAUAGAGGGUGGUGCAUCGGCUUUUGAACCUAGCUUCAUAGAAGUUGUUUUCUCACUCACAGAAGAUGGCAAUUGCUUACGAGCACUGAUGGCCGACGCCGCACUGUCAUUCCAAGGGGAUACUUUGGAAAAAUCUCCAAACUUUUUCGUGAUCAAUUUCGAAAAGCAGGAGGCUGAAGUGGAGGGCUUCACAUCUGCUCUUUAUCGCCAACUCAAAAAAUCUGUUUCCUCUGGUUAUUGGGCUCCCUUUUACUCGAAUAAACUUAAAAAUUUCGAUUAA